AAAAGCCUAAGCGUCCGCGGUCCUUCGGACAGUUGUUUCACCGCCUGGGGUAUUCGAGUUUGUCCGCGCGUAUAAAAGAUGUUGCUUCUUAUCCGAGAGGUUCAGUUCAUCUUUCGACUCGAAACGAGGUGCGCAUAUUCGAUAAUCUGCGGUAAAGUCGCACAGUGAAUGUUAUAUGUAAAAUAGGAUUUCGAGAUACCGGAUAACCGACGAUCAUGGAAUUGCCCAAGUGCUCUGUGACAGUUCUCCUCCUACUUUUGACGACCGACGUCUUUGCCAGACCAGGUCUUCUCAGUAGCCUGACUGGUGUCCAAACGGGGCGUCUGCUGGAUCCUCUGGGUCUGUUCCAUAAGCCAGGAGACGGGAACAGUGCGAACUCCCGCAGCGAUGCCCUGAACACUAAUUUCAACCUUGGACCCAUCGGGAUUUCGACGAGUUUAUCGCACGCUGAAGCCUCUGCGACUUCCAACGGCGGUGCUGGAUCCGCAUCAGCGAAUGCGGAAUCAAAAGCAAACAGCUUCGGGGGCUACGGCGGAGCAAAUGCGAAUGCUCAAGCAUCAGCAUCCGCGAAUGCCGGAGCCGGAGGCAAAGGAUACGGUGGCGCCAAUGCUAACGCACAGUCACAAGCUUCUUCGUCAGCCCAAGGAUCAGGAAAUGGAUAUGGCGGCUCCGAGAGCAACGCACAGGCGAAUGCAAACGCAGAGGCAAAUGGCGGUCUUUAUGGCGUUAACCAGCAACACGGAGGGUACGGGAACCACGGUUAUCCUCCGCAACCAAUUGGUGGCUCUGGAAGCUCCCAGACUAAUGCGAACGCCCAGGCGAAUGCAAACGCAAAUGCCGGAAGUGGCGCGUACGGUGAUGGUCAAGGUGUAGCGAACGGUGGCGACUAUCAGUUUCAACAGCCCCCAAAAUACGGUGGAAAUUCGCAGUCAAACGCAGGCGCCAACGCUUUCGGAUCAGCAAACGGAGGGGGUCAGCGUCCGAUCGCUCCAGGUACAGGACCAGUCGUAGACGGCCUUUAUAGUCAGGGUCAAGUCUCGUAUGAUCAGGGCCAGGGAAGCUACGAACAAAGUCAAUUCGAUCAAAGUCACGGUCAUGGCCAGGGUCAAGUGUCGUAUGGUCAGGGCCAUGGAAGUUACGAACAAAGUCAAUUCGCUCAAGGUCACGGUCAUGGUCAUGGUCAGGGUGGAAGCGGCCAAGUGCUAGUGGUCCCGGUAGUUCUGGUUGGAGACCGGCAUCCUCACCCUCACCCUCACUCCCAUCCUCACCCUCAUCAUCACCACAACUAUCCGAAGCCCGACGUUAUUAUCGUCCAAGAAGUCAGCCCGAGUCAACCCCACGGCGGCGGUCAUGACGGUUCAUACAAUUAUGGAGGAGAUUUCGAGUCCCAGGGACAAAUAAGUGACCGUUACAAGGUGAAUCCUUUUUUGAACGGCGGUAGUGCAGCCAGUGCAAAUGCGCAGGCGAACGCAGGAGUUCAAGGUGGGCAAGGUUCUUUCGGUGGUCAUGGAAAUAUCGCUGGGCCCCAACAACCCGGUCAGAACUUUUUAUCCGGUGGAGGAUCGUCCGCUAACGCUGAAGCGAAUGUGCAUGGCCAGGCCGAAAAUAUCGGAGGAAACGGGAACCCAUUUUUGGGAGCACCGAAUGGUGGCAGCUACAACGAAGGCUCUGCUGGAGGUUCAAAUACCUUCUUGCAGCAAGGAGUAAACUAUGAGCAUGGUCAAGGACAGCAACAUGGACCAGCUCCAGGACCAGUUGGAAGUGGAAACCCCUUCUUUAACCAGGGCACUUCAACUGCGAAUGCUCAAGCCAAUGCCAAUGCUAAUGCUAAUGCCGGAGCUCAACAGGUUCCUGGAAUACCUUCGACAAAUCUUGGAGGAUCCGGAGGAUCUUAUGAACAACAGAGUGGAGGAAGUUACGGUAGCGCAAUUGGUGGAGGUACUCAACAAGCUCCUGGCAUUGGCUCCACGGUCCUUGGAGGAUCCGGAGGAUCUUAUAAUCAACAAAGUGGAGGAAACUACGGUGGUAACAGUGUAAGUGGUGGUCAGGCCACUUCGACAGCGAACGCAGAGGCGAACGCAAAGGCAGAAAGCAGUUCCAGCGGCUCUGGAGGAUCCGGAGGAUUUUAUGAUCAACAGAGUGGAGGAAAUUACGGAGGCGCAGUUGGUGGAGGUGCUCAACAAGUUCCUGGAAUUGGCUCCACGGUCCUUGGAGGAUCCGGAGGAUCUUAUGAUCAACAGAGUGGAGGAAAUUACGGAGGCGCAGUUGGUGGAGGUGCUCAACAAGUUCCUGGAAUUGGCUCCACGGUCCUUGGAGGAUCCGGAGGAUUUUAUGAUCAACAAAGUGGAGGAAACUACGGUGGCAGCAGUGUAAGUGGUGGUCAGGCCACUUCGACGGCGAACGCAGAGGCAAACGCAAAGGCAGAAAGCAGUUCCGGCGGCUCUGCAUCGUCAGCGACCUCUUCAGCAGUGUCUUCAGCGAACGGUGGAGGCACUGCGAACGCAAAUUCAGAGGCAAAGUCUUCCUCGUCCGGAUCGGGCGCUUCGGCGACGAGUUCAAGCAAGGCGUCAUCUUCGAUAAACGGUGGAGCCUCAUCUUCAGGAAGUUCCGAAGCGAUCUCGAACGCUAUUUCCUCUGUCUUUGGCUCCACGUCACAGGCUUCCAGUUCAAGCAAAUCGACCUCACAAUCAAAUGUCUUCGGCCAAAACGCGAGCGCCACGGCGUCAGCAACCUCUUCGGCAACCGCAUCGGCGGGUGGAGCUGGAGCCAGUGCCAAAGCCAGUGCCAAUGCUCAAGCCUCCAGCGGGGUUCCGAGUGUUGAGUCGAAAAGCUCAGCCUCAGCGUCAGCCUCGGCUGAUACCCGCGACAUGCUCAUUUUUAGCAACUAAUUAUAUGUGAUAUAUUUUUGUGAGUAAUUGAUUAUAAGCAAGCCGAACGAUUGGCCGGUUUCCUAAUCGUUGCUUAUAUUGCCGCCGUGAAUAUUAACAACUAUACACGACUGUAAAUUGCAUCGAUUUGCAAAAUGUGACCAGGAAUUUGUGUUAUGCAAAUUUAUUAAAUAUUGCUAUAUUGAGAGCGUGUAUCAAAUUUAUAGUUUAUUCUCUGCUAUUAUCGAUAGUAUAAUAAGAACCGAUUACGUGUAGCCGAUUCUCAGCCACAUAUUUGCCAAUUUACGCUGCACAACCGACUGCUUAUUUAUUCGACUCUUUACGAUUGCUAUUCUAUUUUUUAAUUUAUAUAAAAAAUAAAAAUGCAUUUGAUUGA